AUGCUGAGCAACUUCCUGGGCCGUCACUACCGUGAGCUGGCCGGAAACUGGACGCCCACGGUGGGCGUGUGGGGCGCCAUGGGCCCCGUGGGACUGGUGUGGGCCACCGGCUGGCGGCUGAUUCUGGACUGGGUGCCCUACAACAAUGGCAAGUUUAAGAAGGACAAUUAA